AUGGACCGUACAACUGGAAAGGUGUAUAUAUGUCGCCACGUUCGGUUCGACGAGACAGUGUUCCCUUUUAAAGUUAGAUCACCCGUCUCGUCUACACCGCUUGCCUCAUUACCAUGGGCAUCCGGGCCCAUAGUCCCACGACUUGCCCCGAUAGCCCCGACAACCAGCAUCGUACCGGUGCAAGAGGCUGAACCCGUGCCCUUAGCAUGUGAACCCCCGCCUCAAGCUGUCACGGCACCACCUCGUGCCCGAACAAAAAGGCGACGUGCCGAGCCCCAAGACCGUGGUCAUGUGAUGCGUCUUCGUCAUCAGACUCGGGGCACGGAUGAGCAGUUUCAGGCUUUACACAUAACAACUGAUCCUACUUGCUAUUCACAGGCUGUAGGACAUCCACAGUGGCAAGAAGCCAUGGACCAGGAGUUCAAUGCGCUGCUUCACAACAGCACUUGGCAUUUGGUUGCUCCAGAACCCCAUAUGAACAUUAUCGGAUGCAAAUGGGUGUUCCGCACUAAACGCACAGCUGAUGGUUCGGUUGAGCGCUAUAAAGCGCGUCUGGUAGCCAAGGGGUUCAACCAGUUAGACGUCCAUAAUGCCUUCCUUAAUGGGCAUUUAGCCGAGACUGUAUACAUGAAGCAGCCACCUGGUUACGAAGAUCCAGCACACCCGGAUCACGUGUUCCAUCUGCAGCGUUCACUGUACGCGGCUGGCAUCUACCUUCAAGAUCCGAGACUUGGGCAAACCGGGCUUCUUUUUGGGGAUCGAGACCAUAUCGACAGCUACAGGGAUCAUUCUCUCUCAACGGCGAUACAUGACGGACCUCCUGAGCCGUGCCGGAUGCUUGACUGCAAGUCCCUUACCACACCGGCGUCGGUCACUACGCCAGCCGUCCCUACAGCAAGUCCCUAUGAGAACCCGACACACUAUCGGCGAAUUGUCGGGGCGCUGCAGUACUUGACAAUCACACGCCCAGAUCUGUCCUAUGCGGUGAACCGUCUGUGCCAGUUCAUGCAUUCACCGACCGAUGAGCAUUGGGCCAUGGCAAAACGGGUGUUACGCUACAUAAAGGGAACUAUCAGUUACGGCUUGCGUAUCACUCCGUCCACAUCGACAGCCAUACAUGCCUUCUCCGACUCCGACUGGGCAGGUUGCCCGAUUGACAGGAAGAGCACCAGUGGCUAUGCAGUGUUUCUUGGUUCGAAUCUGAUAUCCUGGUUAUCCAGAAAGCAACGAACAGUUGCUCGGUCGUCUACAGAGGCUGAGUACAAAGCCCUAGCGGAUGUUUCGGCGGAGGUUACUUGGGUUGUGUCUCUGCUCCGUGAACUCGGUCUUCACUCUUCCGAGCCAGCCACGCUUUGGUGCGACAACCUAGGUGCCACCUACCUGUGUGCCAAUCCCAUGUUCCAUGCACGGACGAAGCACGUCGAGAUCGAUUAUCACUUUGUUCGGGAUAAGGUGGCCUCCGGCGACUUCGUCGUCAACUUUGUGUCUACGAAGGACCAGCUUGCGGACAUCUUGACUAAACCGCUGACAGGACCCAGAUUCACGCUUCUUCGCGACAAGCUCAAUGUUGUCUCACACCACCCUUGA